ACGUCGACGAUUGAGCAUUCAUCCCAGUAUCUUCCAGAUCAAGAGCAGCAUUUACUCCAAGACUGAGUCUUAACGACAGCAUACACUCCUUGCAAAGAUGCAACGACGCGGCGUCGGCCUCGCCGCCUUCGACCGCGACCAACAGCAACGCUCCCAAUACCAAGAACUCGGCUCCGCCCUUCUGAAAACCCACAUCGACGAACUCACCUCCCAACUCGCAACAUUCCAAAGCACUCUCUCCUCCUUCGCUACCCUCCACGCCCGCGAAAUCCGCUCAGAUCCGGAAUUUAGGGAGAAAUUCAGUAGGAUGUGUGCUGCGAUCGGUGUUGAUCCUCUUUCGAGUGGGAGGGGUGGGAAGGGUGGAAUCAAGGGCUGGAGUGAGAUGCUUGGAGUUGGGGAUUUUUAUUAUGAGUUGGCUGUGAGGAUCGUUGAGGUUUGCCGGAGGACGAGGCAAGAGAAUGGAGGGUUGAUUGAGCUGGGCCAAGUGCGGGGGUUGAUUUCGGCAAGGUUGCAGAGAGCUGGAGGUAAUCCGGUUACAGAUGAGGAUAUCAUACGAGCCGUCAAGACACUUCAACCCCUCGGCAAAGGCAUCGAGAUCGUCACGAUUGGAAGUACGAAGAUGAUCCGCUCCGUUCCUCGCGAACUCAGUAAUGAUCAGGCGACAGUACUGGAAGCAGCUCAACUUUUGGGAUUCGUUAGCAAGUCGAUGUUGGUGAUUAAUCUUCAGUGGGAUCAUGCACGGGCGAGUACUGUUUUGGAUGACUUGAUGUCGAAUUCGUUGGUGUGGGUGGAUGACCAAGGCGAGGAGCUAGAGUAUUACUCUAGUGCUCUGAUCAAUGGCGGAUGA